UGCGCCAUGGCGGAAGCGGGGGAGAAGGAAACCAGGUUUUAUGAGGAAUCAACAGAUGAAUCUGAGGAAGAUGAGAGUGAAGAAGAACCUAAGCUCAAGUAUGAACGGCUUUCUAAUGGAGUGACCGAAAUUCUCCAGAAGGAUGCAGCCAGCUGCAUGACAGUGCAUGAAAAGUUUUUGGCACUGGGAACACAUUAUGGCAAAGUUUAUUUACUUGAUGUCCAGGGGAACAUCACACAGAAGUUUGAUGUUUGUCAGCUUGACACUAUUGAUUUUGAACAGUCAAACUUACUUAUGUUGUCCAGAAUUCCAAACAUGUCUCCAUCAGAAAGAAAACUGCAGCUAAUGGAAAUUCAGCUGAAGAGCCCAGUGAAGAUAAAUCAGAUCAGCCUGGAUGAAAGUGGAGAACACAUGGGUGUUUGCUCAGAAGAUGGGAAGGUACAAGUGUUUGGAUUAUAUUCAGCAGAAGAGUUUCAUGAAACUUUUGACUGUCCUAUUAAAAUUGUUGCUGUUCAUCCUCAGUUUGUAAGAUCCCACUUCAAGCAAUUUGUAACCGGCGGAAAAAAGUUGCUGUUGUAUGAAAGAGGUUGGAUGAAUAGAUGGAAGCCUUCAGUUUUACAUGAAGGGGAAGGAAAUAUAAGAAAUAUAAAAUGGAGGGGGCACUUAAUUGCUUGGGCUAAUAAUAUGGGCGUGAAGAUACUUGACAUGAUCUCCAAGCAAAGAAUUACCAAUGUGCCUCGAGAUGACAUAAGCCUUCGUCCAGAUAUGUAUCCCUGCAGCCUUUGCUGGAAGGAUAAUUUAACACUGAUUAUUGGCUGGGGAAAUUCAGUAAAGAUUUGCUCAGUAAAAGAACGGCAUGCCAGUGAAAUGCGUGAUCUACCAAACCGCUAUGUGGAAAUAGUUUUCCAAUUUGACACCGAAUUCUACGUCAGUGGACUUGCACCUCUCUGUGACCAGCUUGUUAUACUGUCAUAUGUAAAGGAGAUCUCCGAAAAAACGGAAGUGGAGUGUUGUGCAAGGCCUAGACUCGAUAUUGUACAACCCCUGCUUGAGUCCUGUGAAGAGAUCUCUUCUGAUGCACUAACAGUACGAGGAUUUCAGGAAAAUGAAUGUCGUGAUUAUCAUUUGGAAUAUUCAGAAGGUGAAUCACUUUUUUAUAUCAUCAGCCCAAGAGAUGUGGUUGUGGCCAAAGAGCGGGACCAAGAUGAUCACAUUGACUGGCUUCUUGAAAAGAAGAAAUACGAAGAAGCUUUGAUGGCAGCUGAGAUCAGUCAGAAAACCAUAAAAAAGCACAAGAUUUUGGACAUUGGCUUAGCCUAUAUAAAUCACCUGGUGGAGAAAGGAGAGUAUGACCUGGCUGCUCGAAAGUGCCAGAAAAUCCUUGGCAAAAACACAGAACUCUGGGAAUUUGAAGUUUACAAGUUUAAAGAAAUAGGUCAGCUUAAAGCAAUUAGUCAUUACUUGCCAAGACGAGAUCCAGUUUUGAAACCUCUGAUCUACGAAAUGGUCCUGCAUGAAUUUUUGGAAAGUGACUAUGAGGGGUUUGCAACCCUAAUAAAAGAGUGGCCUGGAGAUCUGUACAACAACACAAUCAUAGUUCAAGCUGUAGUGGAUCACCUGAAGAAAGAUCCACAGAACAGGACUUUGCUACAAACACUUGCAGAAUUGUACACUUACGAUCAGCGCUAUGGCAGAGCCCUAGAAAUCUACCUAACUCUGAGGCACAAAGAUGUCUUCCAGUUGAUCCACAAGCACAAUCUCUUCAGUUCUAUUAGAGACAAAAUUGUUCUGCUCAUGGAUUUUGAUUCAGAGAAAGCGGUAGACAUGCUUUUGGAUAAUGAAGAUAAAAUUUCUAUUGACAGAGUUGUUGAAGAAUUAGAAAAUAGGCCUGAGUUACAGCAUGUGUAUUUACACAAGCUUUUCAAAAGAGACCACCAUAAAGGCCAACGAUAUCAUGAGAAACAGAUCAGCCUUUAUGCUGAAUAUGAUCGACCAAACUUACUUCCAUUUCUCAGAGACAGCACACACUGCCCAUUGGAGAAGGCUCUUGAGAUUUGCCAGCAGAGGAACUUUGUAGAAGAGACAGUCUAUCUUCUGAGCAGAAUGGGUAAUAGCCGCAGUGCCUUGAAGAUGAUAAUGGAAGAAUUGCAAGAUGUAGAUAAAGCUAUUGAAUUUGCCAAGGAACAAGAUGAUGGAGAACUUUGGGAAGAUCUCAUUUUAUAUUCUAUUGACAAACCACCUUUUAUUACUGGUUUGUUGAACAAUAUUGGAACCCAUGUCGAUCCUAUUCUUUUGAUCCAUCGCAUUAAGGAAGGCAUGGAGAUUCCUAAUUUGAGAGACUCGCUAGUGAAAAUUCUUCAGGAUUACAACUUGCAGAUCUUGCUACGGGAAGGUUGCAAAAAGAUACUCGUUGCUGAUUCUCUUUCUUUAUUAAAGAAAAUGCAUCGAACUCAGAUGAAGGGUGUUCUGGUGGAUGAGGAGAAUAUCUGUGAAUCUUGUCUGUCUCCAAUACUUCCUUCAGAUGCAUCCAAGUCCUUCAGUGUGGUAGUAUUCCACUGCAGACACAUGUUUCACAGAGAGUGCCUACCUGUAUCUAACACAGUAUCUUCUGUCCAGUUCUGCAAUAUAUGCAGUGCCAAACACAGGGGGCCAGGAAGUGCAGUCCUGGAGAUGAAAAAAUAGCAGUGGCUUAGUUCUCCAUGUCGAUCAGUGACACCAAAUCUGUUAGGACCAUGCAGAGCCACUGUAAUUUUCCAUUUCUGUAUAUCAUUUUGAUUGUGAUUUAAAAGUGGUUCCUGUUGUUUAUCCUGUUUAUUGAACAUUUUGGGUAAUGAGAAAAUGUGAAAAUCUUUGUCUGGUAAGUCUUUGUUAUGCAAUUCAUAUGUCAUGGUUCCUUUGCUCAGCUUGUUACUUCAUUCUGGAACAGAAAAAAAAAAUAAAACUGGAAGAAAAAACCCAUGCGAUUUAGA